GCCAUGUGAGCUAAACUCACAUGUUUUCAUUGCAAUUUAAACGUACACUGGAAUUAAAACUUUCGUGAACUAUUCCAAUUUAAUUAUUUAGUUGUGCUUCACAAUUUUUUUUGUUUAUUUUAUUUAAAUCAUGGGGCGCAAAGCUAAAUAUGACGAAAAACGGAAGAUAAAGAAGAAACCCAGGGAAGCUAAAAGACAAGGAGCUCCUGAGUUUCCUUUUGAAAUCCCAUCAAACCCUAAGCCUGUUGGUAAAAGACUUCAGGACGAUUUGGACAAAAUUAAAGCUAAGAUUAAAGCAAAGCAAUUAGCAAAAAAAUUACGUAAUGAAGGGUCUGCAGAGAAAUUGAAAGAAGCAAUUAAAAAGCUCAAAAAGGAGAACGUCGAUGAAGAAAAAUCCGAAGAUAAUGAUAAUGUGGAGUCUUUAGAAUCACCUUCCAACAAAAGAACAUCACCUAAUAAGGUUUCGCAUGGUCGAAGUGCGAAAAAACUCAAAACAGAUUCAAGUAAAGAGGUGACUGAAGAGUCCGAUCAAAUGGUUUCUGAAACUGAGAACGAAAAUAUCACGAAGCCAAAAAGUAAAGACAAGAAAAUAAUGUCGGACAUUAAGCAUGAAAAGAUUGCUAAAGUUAAAUCUGCGAAAAAACGCAAAAAAGUAAACAAACCUGCCAAGGAAACAGAUGAUGAUGGUGCCGAUGAGGAUAUUGAAGAUAAAGCUGAUGAUACCAUUGAUAAUGAUAAUGUUGAUAGUCAUGAAAAUGGCAAUGGUAUCGAUGAUGGAGUUGACGAUGAGGUUGAUGGUAAUGACGACGGCGAUGAUGUUCAAGAUGAGGUUCACGGUGAUGAUGGAGCUGACGAUGACGAUGACAGUGACGAUGAUGAUGAAGAAAGGAAGAAAAGAAAGGAAGAAAAAAUAAGGAAAAAGUACGAAGAUAUGGAACUGAGAAGAGCUGAUCCAGAUGAAUUAUUUCAGCUACCAACUACAGAAGAAUUAGAUCAGAUUGAUCAAGCAACUGGUUUUCAACCAACGUCUUUAAAGGAAAGAAUUGGUGAAAUCAACUUUAUCUUAGCCAAUUUUAAAGAGCGAAGACAAGAAGGAAAAACUAGAAAAGAUUACUUAGCGGUUCUUAAACACGAUCUAUGUGCUCUUUACGACUAUAACGACUUUUUAAUGGGAAAAUUCAUGGAACUCUUUAAGCCAACUGAACUUAUCCAGUUUGUUGAAUCUUCUGAAUCACAAAGACCUGUGACCAUUAGGACCAAUACCUUGAAAACACGUAGGAAAGAUUUAGCUCAAGCAUUAAUCAACAGAGGGGUUAACUUAGAUCCUAUCGGUGAGUGGUCCAGAGUAGGUUUGGUCAUAUACGAUUCUCAAGUACCCAUCGGAGCUACACCUGAAUAUCUAGCUGGACAUUAUAUGCUGCAAGGAGCUGCAUCAUUAUUACCCGUCAUGGCCUUAGCUCCUCGAGAAAAUGAAAAAAUUUUAGAUAUGUGUUCAGCUCCUGGUGGUAAAACAACUCAUAUUGCCGCAAUCAUGAAAAACACUGGUAUUCUUUUUGCCAACGAUGUCAACAAAGAUCGUGCCAAGGCAACAAAAGGAAACAUCCAUCGUUUAGGCAUAAAUAACUGUGUAUUAAGUUCUGUUGAUGGAAGAAAAUUUCCAAAUGUUAUGAAAGGUUUCGAUAGAGUUUUAUUAGAUGCACCAUGUAGUGGUACCGGUGUAAUAUCGAAGGAUAACGCUGUAAAGACUAUGAAGGACGAAAAAGAUAUUGGACGGUGUAGUAUGCUACAAAAACAACUGAUUUUAGCUGCAAUAGACUGUCUUGAUGCUGAUUCGCCAACCGGAGGAUAUUUAGUUUAUUCAACUUGUUCUGUUCUUGUUGAAGAAAAUGAAUGGGUAGUCAAUUAUGCUUUGAAGAAACGAAAUGUUAAAUUAGCACCUACUGGAAUUAAUUUUGGACGUGAAGGAUUUUCUAGAUUCAGAGAAAGGAGGUUUCAUCCAUCUUUAAAUUUAACUAGACGAUUUUAUCCUCACGCACAUAAUACAGAUGGUUUUUUUGUAGCCAAGCUCAAGAAAUUUUCCAAUUCUAUUCCAGUAAAGACUCAGGAUAAGAACACCAAAAAGAAUAAAAAAAAUAAAAAAGAUAAAAGCAGUAAGGAUGACAAUGAAAGUGAUGAAGACGACGAAGACGACGAAGAUGAUGAAAAUGUUGAAGACAGUGAAGACGAUGAAAACGAUGACGACGCCGAAAAUGACGAAGAUGACGAAGAGGCUGAAGACGACGAUAAUGAAGACGAUGACGAAGAUGCAGAUGAUUAAUCAAUCUUGUUUUCCAGUAAAAGUUUGUGGUAACAAAAAUUAAAGUGAAUUAGUUUUGUAAAUUUUUUCCAUCGAUCCUGUCAUUUAUGUGUUAACAAUUUCGAAACAAAUAAACCAAUUUAUAUGUAAAA